AUGCGACUACCUUUUCAUCUUCCUGAUCAACAACAAGUCAUAUAUGCCGCAGACAAUGAUAUUGACGAUGUUCUUGAACAACCUUCAGUUGCUGCUUCUAUGUUCACAUCUUGGAUGGAAUGUAAUAAAAUUAAUAAAGAUGCACGAAAACUUACAUAUGUUGAAUUUCCUACAAAGUUUGUUUGGAAACCAGAUGAUAAGUUGUGGAAGCCAAGGAAAAUUGGACGUUCAAUAGGAAGGAUUCACUCUGUUUCACCUAAACUUGGCGAAGUCUACUUCUUACGGAUUCUUUUAAAUAAAGUGAAAGGUCCAAAAUCAUUUGAAGAAAUUCGCACAGUAAACGGUGAAGAAUUUCCUACUUUUCGAGAUGCAUGCUAUGCUUUGGGCCUCUUAGAUGAUGACAAAGAAUAUGUUGAUGCGAUUAAGGAAGCAAGUCAUUCAGGAACUGGUUUUUAUCUUCGUUUCUUAUUUGCUACGAUGUUAAUGUCUAAUAGUUUGGGUAGACCAGAGUUUGUUUGGGAAAAUACAUGGCAACACUUGUUAGAUGGUAUUCUUUACAACCAACAACGUAGAUUAAAGUCUCCAGGUUUAUCCCUCAAUGAGGAUCAACUCAAAAACCUGACUUUGUUCGAGAUCGAACAAAUUUUACUUCGUAACAACACCAGUCUUAAAAAUUAUAAACAAAUGCCUUACCCUGAUUCCGACAGAGUUUCUUCUUCAACAAAUCGACUUAUCAUGGAGGAGCUGGAGUAUGACAUAACGCUUUUAAAGAAAGAGUUUGAUAGUAUGUUUCAUGCAUUAACAAACGAGCAACGCAAUAUUUUUCUUGAUAUCAUGACUACAGUCAGUGAUAAUAAAGGAGGUGUGUUUUUUGUUUAUGGAUAUGGUGGAACAGGCAAAACCUUUCUUUGGAAGACGUUAUUUGUAGCAAUUAGAUAUAAUGGUGAUAUAGUUUUAAAUGUUGCUUCAAGUGGUAUUGCAUCUUUAUUAUUGCCUGGAGGUAGGACAGCACACUCUCGGUUUAUAAUUCCGUUGAAUCUUACCGAGUAUUCUAUUUGUAAGAUACCGCCUGAUAGUGAACUCGGCAGAUUAGUAAGAAAAAGCUCAUUGAUUAUUUGGGAUGAAGCACCUAUGGUCCACAAACAUGAAUUUGAAGCUUUAGAUCGAGCUCUGAGAGAUGUAUGUAAGUUUGAUAAGUCUACCAACUCAAAUAUUCCAUUUGGAGGGAAAGCGAUUGUUUUUGGAGGAGACUUUAGACAGAUUCUACCUGUUGUUCAAGGAGGAGAAGGAAAAGUUGGUGGUUUGAAUGAUGGUGAAGCGAUUAUUGAUGUUCCGGAUGAUAUUCUCAUUAAUGAUCCACAUGAUCCUAUAGGUUCAUUAAUUGAGUUUAUAUAUCCUUCAAUCUUGGAAAAAUUCAACGAGUUUGUUCAUGAUCAGUUUGAUCCCAAUUUAUACUCCCCGGAUAUUUUAAAUGGUCUUAAGGUAUCAGGUUUGCCAAAUCACAAGUUAAUUCUAAAAGUCGGUGUUCCAGUUAUGUUACUAAGAAACAUUGAUCAGAAAAAUGGAUUAUGUGACAGCACUAGACUACAAGUGAAAUCUCUUGGCAAACGUGUUAUUGAGACAAUUAUAAUAUCUGGAACUAAUAUCGGAAAGCAAACAUUUAUUCCAAGAAUGUCUUUAAGUCCAUCUGGAAAAAAAAUUCCUUUCAAAUUUCAAAGAAGACAAUUUCCAUUGGCUGUAUGUUUUGCAAUGACAAUUAAUAAAAGUCAGGGGCAGUCGUUAUCAAAGGUUGGUCUGUAUCUCAAGGAUCCUGUUUUUUCACAUGGACAACUUUAUGUUGCCUUAUCUAGAGUUCAGAGUAGAGAAUGA